GUCAUACGGCUGGAGUGUGACCGACGAGUUUAUUUCAGGAACAGUUUGUGGAAGUGUGAGCGGCAAGUUGGUGGGGUUUGAUUAUUUUGCAUUGCUGGAUUGUUUAAAGAGGGGAGCUGUUUUAUUUUUUCUUGUGGGGUGAGGAGUUAUUGAAGAGGUAGCAGUGGAUAUAAGAAGUUAACGUGUAAGUGGAUUUGGAAUGUUAUACAGGGCGCGUCGUAGGCGCCCGUUUGUCUCUUUAGGUAGUUGAACCAGGGUUUGGUCUUAAUGGCGCUUGGAGAUCGAGCACCUGAACGUGUUGAGUUUUUAUACACGCGUUAGAUAUGUUUGGCUGCGUUGACCAGUAAAGACUUUACUCAAAUCUCUCGGCCCAAGCCAGUGGCUGCUAUUAACCAUCGUCACUGUGAAUAGUUUUUUUUUCUUCUUCUUUAUGCUUACUUUAAACUGAGCCAGCUUUUAGAAAAAGUGAAAAAACGAGUUCCAUAUUUUGGAUAAUCUCGUCAUUUCGUAUUAAAGUCGAUUGAGCGUCUUUAUUGUGAGAUAAAAAAAAAUAAAACAAAGAUAGAAAUAAGAAAGUUGCUUUGUAGGUCAGCUGCUCAGGGGCCACCAACGUUAAGGAGCGCUUACAGUAAAUGUGCCCAGUGACAAAGGGGUCAUUCGGAGUGAUGGCCUUCCAGUAACACUCUGAAAACCAAGCAGUACUCUUUGUCUGUGCGCCCCACUUUCCAGGUCAGAACUGGACUUGUAAUUGUUGUACUGGUCAACAUUGUGGUAAAGAAUGGGAAGCCGAGAAACUAAUGAGAACACUCCUCUUUUGGGGCCCCCUCAAGUCCGGAGCCCCACCACGAUAUUUGAGGGCCGCAAGCUGGCCUGUGCUGCUGUUCUACUUACAGAGUUCCUGGAAAGGGUGGCGUUCUAUGGGAUUACUUCGAAUCUCGUCCUUUUCCUUAACUCAGAACCUUUUUACUGGGAGGGUGCAAAAGCCAGCCAGACUUUGCUCGUCUUCAUGGGUAUCACCUACUUAGUGUCACCUUUUGGUGGUUGGCUGGCUGAUGCAUGUACUGGCAAGUUUUGGACAAUAGUGUGCAGUAUGAUUCUGUACCUGUUUGGGAUGCUGGCUUUUCCCCUGAUCACAUCGGAUGGAACGAGUAAUUUCCUUUGUGGCUAUGUCAAGCCAUUUGAAGUAUUACCAUCGCAGUGCUUCAACGGUACACAAAGCAGCAAUGUGUCUUGUGUCUAUACACAACAGCCUUAUUGCCAAAGUAUUGUUUACAGUGGCAUUGUGUUGAUUGCCCUCGGCGUCGGAUCAGUGAAGUCCAACAUCACCCCAUUUGGAGCUGAUCAGGUGAAGGAUCGUGGUCCAGAAGCUACUCGGAGGUUUUUCAAUUGGUUCUACUGGUGCAUUAACCUUGGUGCUAUUGUUUCCUUGGGUUUUAUUGCAUACAUUCAGCAGAAUGUCAGCUUCAGUUUGGGUUACAUCAUCCCAACUUGCUGUCUCGGGCUUUCUUUUCUGAUAUUUCUUGCUUGUCGUACUGUUUUCAUCACCAAGCCAGCAGAUGGCAGCGCUUUCACUGACAUGUUUCGAAUUCUCAGCUACUCCUUCUGUUCCCACCAGCAGCACAAAGAAAUUUCCAGGAUAAGAAACCAAAGUAAUGGACUUCAUUCUCCUCGGUACAAACCAACCAUCCUUGAUAUGGCAAAAGACACUUAUGGAGGCAAGUUUCCAGAAGAGCGGGUAGAGGAAGUAAAGGCAGUCCUAAAGAUUAUUCCUGUAUUUCUUGCCCUCAUACCGUACUGGACAGUAUACUUCCAGAUGCAGACCACAUAUAUUCUGCAGAGUCUCCACUUGCUUAUUCCAAAACUUUUCCCAGAUCACAGCCCUAAGCACACGUUCCCUGCAGCUUGGCUAACCAUGUUUGAUGCUCUCCUGAUUUUACUUCUGAUACCACUAAAGGACAAAGUGAUAGACCCUAUUCUGAAGAGGAAAGGCCUUCUGCCAUCAUCGUUAAGAAGGAUUGCUGUCGGAAUGUUUUUUGUCCUGUGUUCCGUUGUGGCAGCUGGAAUUCUAGAAAGUAAAAGACUUGAUAUAAUCCAGGAUGGCACCAUAAAUCAGACUAUUGGAAGUGUGACAUAUUAUGCAGCCAACCUGACAGUAUGGUGGCAAGUGCCACAGUAUGUGCUCAUUGGAAUUAGCGAGAUAUUUGCCAGUAUAUCAGGUCUCGAGUUUGCAUAUUCUGCUGCCCCCAAGUCCAUGCAGAGUGCCAUCAUGGGCCUUUUUUUCUUCUUCUCUGGGAUUGGGUCCUUUGUUGGAUCUGGAUUGCUAGCCCUGGUAUCCAUCAAAGAGAUUGGCUGGAUGUCCUGUCAUAAGGAUUUUGGUAACAUCAAUGGCUGCAAACUGCAUUACUACUUUUUCUUGCUGGCGGCAAUACAAGGAGUCACACUGCUGCUUUUCCUGAUUGUCUCGGUGAAAUAUGACAGGCACAGAAGCAAAUCCAGCAUGCAGAGACAAAGUGCAGGAUCUUAGUGGCAACAAGAAGAGAGCCGUGGGGUCUUUUUCAGUGUCUACUCUUUGUUCUUUUUUUAGGUUAGUUUUUAUACAUUUUUUUUCAAAUUGGCUCUUCCCUUUUGGAGAAGGCAGGCAUUUCAAAUGCACAGAGCCACAGCGAAGGCUGUGCGGUGUAAACCUUGUGCUUCGAGAUAAUGUUUUAGCAGUCUCAUGCAGUCUCCUUUAUUUGAGGACACUUUCUAUCCUCCUUCAAAUGCUCUCCCCUCCCCACUAAUUUUGUUUGGUGUUGUCUGACUUUAUAAAAGCACACAAUGUGGAUGUUGACGAUGCAGGUCUGCAUUACACAAUUGAAAGAGAGUGGAGUGGCAGCGCACCAUAAGGCCUGGGCUCCUCUUGAACCUCAGCAGGAGCCACACGUGGCCACUUUUAAUCUGAAAACUAUUGAGGUGUUAGUGUUGUGAACGUUAGGAAAAGGGCCAAGUUGAACUGGGAGUGGCGUACUCAGUCGAGGUAGAGUGAGACGACCACAACUAAUUUAUGGAGUUGUCAGGGACAGUAUUAGAGGGCACGGUGGCAGGUCCCAAUUUGCAGAUGGCUUUCUGUCCAAGUCCAGUUAUCCUUUUCAGACGGAGCACACACGCUAUUUAGGCUUUCGGCGGGGGUAACAGCUGUUGAACCUUGGGCCUUGGUAUGCUAACAUUCUUUUUGGCUCCAUUAAUGCCUUUCUAUUAAGGUUAUUCUGAGGCGCAUAUUUGCACAAAUGUUGACUUUACGAGUUGUUUUAUUAUUUGUUAUAGUAGGUACGAUGUGAUGGUCUCAUUUUGUUCCUUUUGUAUCUCUUUUUUUAAAUCAGAACUGGAAUAAAUGAUUUGUUGUUUUUUUUUCCUUUUA